AUGAUUCUUUCGGCUCUGAGCAGCAGUCUGUACAAGAGCGCAUCGCCUUAUGGCUCUCUUAAUAACAUUGUGGAUGGGUUAAGCUCCCUCACUGAGCAUUUCUCUGACCUAUCCCUUUCUUCAGAAGCCAGAAAACCCAGCAAGAGGCCACCUCCCAACUACCUGUGCCACCUCUGCUUUAACAAGGGGCACUACAUCAAAGACUGCCCACAGGCUCGUCCAAAAGGAGAAGGCCUGACUCCAUACCAGGGCAAGAAACGCUGCUUCGGUGAAUAUAAGUGCCCCAAAUGCAAGAGAAAAUGGAUGAGUGGAAACUCCUGGGCUAACAUGGGACAAGAAUGUAUCAAGUGCCACAUUAAUGUUUAUCCUCACAAACAGAGACCCCUGGAAAAGCCGGACGGCCUGGAUGUUUCGGAUCAGAGCAAAGAGCAUCCCCAGCAUCUGUGUGAGAAGUGCAAAGUUUUGGGCUACUACUGCCGCCGUGUGCAAUAAAACUUUGGAGUGGCCUCUUCCCGUCCCCAUCGUCCUUCAAGAGCCUCGGGCAGCACGCGAUCAACAGCAACACAACAAAUCAAGAUAAAAGCUAAAAUAAUUGCCAAUAUUGCCUACCUAAUAAUAUGCCUUACCAUUAAUAGAAUGUAACAUGUCUCCUGUGCACGUGUGCGACAGGUAUUUACAGGACUAUGGUUUGUACACAUACAUAUAUAUGUAAAUUUUAUAUAUAUAUGUACACACACAUAUAUAAAGUGUUAGUGUGCACAACAGAACCGUGGUUGCAGGUUCUGCUGAUUGUUUACACAGACCCUAUACCAUGGCCAGGUGAAAUGAAGUACUAGUCAAUAGGCAAGGUGUAAUAUUCACAAGGAAUAUAUGUUAUAUGUAUGGCUUUUGCAGAGGUUAAGUAACUGCGGGGCCACUCUUUGCCAGCACUCACCCACAGCGCGAACCUUAUUCCUAUUAUAUGACCAGACAAAGGAAGAUGAAACAAGCCACAGCAUAGAAGAAGGAAAAUCACUGUUCUCCCA